ACGGAAAUGUCAGGAAGCUAUCGCAACAACAGCAGCGUGGAAGUGAAGAGUGCAAGUGUACUGACGUCCUGAUCACACCUGCCGGUUCCCAUGACACUUCCCUGGGUGAGUGUGAUGACUGGGUAUAUAUACUUCUGGCCAUCACUAGUCUCAUACACCACUUUCAUUCUUCAUUUAUAAAGAAGCAACGGUAUCACUGUUUCUGUAGGAACGGCAUCACUGUGUCGCAGCGACAGACAUCACAUCACUACCGCCCAACAUGUACAGAAUCCUCACUGUUCUUCUGCUGCUCACCACCACAUCAGCCACUGUCUUCCAGGACUGUGGCUCGGUGGGGUCGCCAGUGACGGUAGAUAUUGAAGAUUGUGAGCUGCCUCCCUGCGUUCUAUCCCGUGGACACUUAGCCAACGCCACCGUACAGUAUACAGCCAGUGAGUACAUCUAGGCAGUAGUCAGUGUA